UUCGCUUCUUCUCAAAACGCAAUCGCUGUUUCCACCGCCAUCGAAUUCGCCGGCAUUUCAUUCCUCUACAUAUUCAGCCAAAAAAUUAUAAUCUAUCUCUGCAGCCUCACAACUCACACGUUCUCUCUGUUGACGUCUUCUUUUUCUUAAAUUACUGCAACUCCUAUGCCCUGCUUCUUGGUUAAUAUACUCAGCAAUUCCUGGACGAGGAUUUCUUUGUUUGCAUUUGGAAUGAGGAAAUCCUUUUAAUCUUUCUGAUUGUAGAAUCAGUAACUUUUACCUGAUUUUUCAAGUGGAUGAGAUGGGUGGAAGGGUCUUCAUUAUAUAUAUCAAAAUUUUGAUAACCAAUUAAGAUUAAUCGAUGUUGGAAACUAAUUAGCCAAAGCUGAGGUUGGGCAUAGAAAGAUAUCUGUCCUCGUGGUUCUCAAGAGUGCUUAUUUUGUCUGCUGUUAGAUUCUAGUGUUGCAUUUGUUGGUCAGGUUUUAUAAUCUACGGGUUGGGGUUUCAAAUUGGCUUGGUAGUUAACUGUUCGAUAGAAUUUUCUUCUCUUAAAGUGUUGGAAGCUUGAAGAAUGUAAUUUUAUUGCUUUAGUUAAUUUGAAUUUUGUUCUUUCUAGGGUUUGAGUAGUGGCAAAAAGAUAGGGGUGGUAGGUAACUUUCUCCCAUUAAACAAUACAGUGCAAAGAAAACGAACCAUUUUGGAGAAAACUGGCAAUUGAAAUCUGGAAAUUUCCACCAAUAAUUCUUUAAAAGAAAACGAGAACCGCCGACAACAAAAAUCAAGACCUGGGCUUUGUUCUUCCUCUAAAGCUCUAGUGCAAAUGGCUCCCAAACGACUGAAGAAGAAGAAGAAUUUCACCGAAUCGACAUCUUCUACUGCAAACCUAAUCUCUGUAAUUAAUUCUCCACAGGGACUAAAGCUUCCAAUCUUGAAGAGAUUAUAUUACCUACUGAUAAAUUCGUCUUCGUUUGAAGCCGAGUUAAAUAACAAUGACAUAUGUAGCCUUGCUGAUGUUCUGUUUAACGAAGUUGAUGGUAGAUUUAAAGAGUUUCUCUGUGGACAAGCAUUGGCAUCACUUCAAGAAUUGGCCUUGCUUUUGAGAUGUUGUAUGGUUUUCCUGAACUUGCUGGUGUCUAGCCAAAGUCUUUUAAUUGAAAAAGGCCGGCUUCUUCUUUCCAUUCUUCGCACUUUGAUUUCUGUAGAAUUAAAUGAAAAAACUGGGAAAAAUUCAAUCACACAUGUUGAUUCCACAUGUGUGUUGCUGCAGGUAUUUGCGGAUGAGCUACUAAUGCAUAAGUCAUUGAGGGAGUAUUUUAUGCUAAUUGAUUCUCUGUCUUCAACAAGUGAAACGCUAUUCAUGUGCCAUUUUGGUCAUGGUGAUAUUGGAACUGUGAUGGAGGUGAUUGCUGCACAUUUUAUUCUGUUGACUUCUGGUGACAAAUCUUUUGAAUGUUUUGUCAACGGUUUAUUUUGGCAGCCUGGCAAAGAUUUUAGGACUCCUGAGAUGAGCCUGAUGGUAUCCUUAUCAUUGCUUCUUAACCCUAUCAUGCAUUCUGCACCAAAAAUGUUUCAGGCAUAUUUGAUUUUAUUGCUCUCUGAAGCAGUUGGGGUUAGCAUUCGUUCUGAGUAUUUGAGUUUAGAUCUUGGAAUCAUGGAUUGCUACCUGACAGCACUGGAGAGAUCCAUUAUCUUGUACAAAAGCCACUUUUCGAAUUUGCAUAUGGAUGACCCUUCUGUAGGUAGUAACAGUUCAAGUGUCAAGUCGUGUAUAUUUGGAAGCAGUCAACUGGCUUUUGAAUCCUAUCUUCAGCCAGCUACGAAAGACAAAAUUGAUCGUGUAGUUACAAAGCUUAAUGAAUCUUUGCAUUGUUAUGCAACUGAUAAAGCUUGUAGAAGAAAAUCUGACCUGGUGGAUGCCUCUAUUGCAUAUAUAAAGCAGAGCCUACAUGUUUUUGAUGGAUCAUACAAAGAUAAAAUCAUGUCAAUAUUAAUUUCCAUUGUACAGAGAUGCAAUUUCGAUAAUAUGCAUGAUACUUUGUGGUGUAUUGAGGUCAAAAGUCCCCAAGAUAUAUGUCUUCUGGCUUCUUUAUUGAAGUUAAUGAGUAGUUCUAUGUUGCAAGCAAUUUGGUGCUUGAGGCACAGCAGCAAUUCAGGUUGUCUGAAAACUUUGCAGGAUGUUCUGUUAUGCAAGGAAUAUGAAUUUAUAAGGCAUCUUGUUGGUUGUUUUCGGCAAUUCAAUAACUGUCUACCAAUUCAGAAGUUUGUGUUUGAUGUAAUGAAAACUCACUCAAUGAGACAUAAAGAAUCCAAGUGGAUGUUUCUGCAUUUUUCGGGCUUGCUCUCAUUAAGUUAUGUUGUUGGACUCGAUUUUUUAGUUAAGGACUGCUUAUUUAUAAUGAUGUCAUUGUUGGAUCUAUUUGUUUUUGAAGAGGGUGACUUAGAUGCUCUGUCACCACUGUUUGCUUCUGGAUUGGAAACCAUUUCAUCUAGAUCUUCUGAUAAAGCGGGAGAGGCUUUGCUGGAGCAGAAGUCAAGCAAAACAAUUGCAUCAAAAUUUCAAAAGAUGCAGACAACAUUCUUGAGCAAGAGAUCUCACACAAAUAUCAAUCAAAGAAACAGAGACAAAUCUAGGGAAAUUACAGAAAAUGCCUUUCUCAGGAAUGUGAUUGAAUCUAAUCUAGCUAUAGAAGAGGAAACAGUUGAAGCCUGCAAUGGUGAGGCUUUUCUGAAGUGUCUGCUUGAAGAUUCUCAAAGAUUGUCUGACUUAGAUGAUUUAGUCGACUUUAUUGAGUGCAAGCGAGGGAAGGAUUAUAAUGUUUGGUUGAAGGAUCGACAAAGAUUUCGAAAGUGGAAAUCCGAGAGAAAUGCAGUUUAUAAGCGCCAGAAAUGGAUAAAGAUCCGGAAAUGUAGAAGGAAAUGAAACAGAGAUUGUUUGUAUGCAAUGUUAUAAAGAAAGAAUGUUGUUAUAUUGCUUUAGGUAAUUUGAAUUUUGUUCUUUCUAGGGUUUGAUUAGUGGAGAAAUUGAUUGUACCCUAAAAAAAUUAGAGAGAUUUGAAAAUUUUAACUCUACAGAGUUUUUUUAAACUGUUUUUAAUUCUCAUUCUGGAUUCAAAGCAAAAUAUUCUAAAACCCUGUCUUUCGUUA